AUGAGUAACUCAAGUACAAGCGAUCAUGGAGUCGGAGAAGUACCCUCCUCUCCCUCUACCAAACCUCACCCGUCUGAAUACCUCGAAUUUGUUACUCUCGGUCCUCAUCAAUCAGCGCCUCGCCUCGAGCCUAUCAAAGCCGGUACCGAAGUCGAGAAAGAGGAUGCCAACAAUCCCAUAAAUGCCACCUCGUCGAACGAUGAUCUCUUCCAUGGACUCUCCGCAGCCAUUCCUGGGUUGCGGCGCCUGUCGAUCGAAGCCCGUGCAGCAACAAAGGCAGAGCACGAGAUGACCUUUGUGAGGGGAUGUCGACUCUAUCCCAAAGCUAUGCUCUGGUCACUUCUAUUGUCCUUGACAAUUGUAAUGGAAGGCUAUGAUCUUACGCUCAUAAAUUCCUUUUAUGCCUUCCCCAUAUUUCGACAAUCUUAUGGCGUGCCCUUACGUCCUGAUGCUCCUCCUGGUCAACGAGACUACCAGAUCUCUCCCGCAUGGCAAUCUGGGCUCACAAAUGCUGCCGUGUCCGGAGAAAUCCUUGGUCUGAUGUUCAAUGGAUUGCUGACCGAUCGCUUCGGUUACCACAAGACUAUGGUAUUUACGCUUGUGUGGAUGUGCCUCUUUGUAUUCCUGGCCUUCUUCGCUAUCAAUAUCAAUAUGCUGCUUGCCGCACAAAUCCUCUGCGGUUUACCUUGGGGUGUUUUUCAGACUCUGUCAACAACAUAUGCCGCUGAAGUCAUGCCGGUCGCCCUCCGUGCCUAUCUCACAAGUAGCGUCAAUCUAUGUUGGUUGAUCGGGCAACUGUGUGGCGUUGGAGUAAUUCGAGGUCUGGUCAACAACACCUCACAAUGGUCCUAUCGCAUACCCUUCGGCCUGCAAUGGGCAUUUGCGGUGCCGAUUUUGAUAGGCGUUACCUUUGCACCCGAAAGUCCUUGGUGGCUUGUACGCCAUGGUCGAAUUGGCGAGGCUAAGAAGUCACUUCUGAGACUCACGACACAAGAUGCCGAUCCCGAUUUCAAUGCAGAUGAGACUGUCGCAAUGAUGCAACACACCAACGAGGUCGAGAAGUAUUUGAAUGGCGGAGGUGUCUCGUACAUGGAUUGCUUCAAGGGCAACGACCUCCGUCGGACCGAAAUUUGCACCAUGGUCUGGUGCACACAAGCCUUAUGUGGGAGCUCCCUGACUGGCUAUGCAGCAUACUUCUAUGAGCAAGCAGGUUUCAGUACCGCAGACAGCUUCAACCUUGCUGUUGGUAUGUAUGCAGCAGCAAUCUUUGCUGGAAUGUUGGCCUGGCUUGGGAUGCGUAAGAUUGGCCGACGGACUCUCUACAUCUGGGGCCUGGCCGCCUCCUUGGUCAUUCUUACAGUCACUGGAUGUGUGGGAAUUCUGAAAGAGACGAAUGGGACAUCUUGGGCACUUGGGUCUUUGAUCAUCAUUCUGACGUUUGUCUACGACUUCACUGUGGGGCCCGUCUGCUAUGUUCUCGUCGCCGAGAUACCCUCCAGUCGACUGCGUGUCAAGACGGUAGUUUUGGCCAGAGUCGCCUACAACAUCAUUAGCAUCGUGACGAAUAUCAUCACCCCCCGGAUGCUUAAUCCCUCAGCAUGGGACUGGAAAGGGAAGUCAUGCUUUGUUUUUGUUGGUAGCACGGCAUUCUGUCUCGUAUGGUGCUGGUUCCGCCUACCCGAGCCCAAAGGGUUGACCUACAUGGAGCUUGACAUUCUAUUUGAGAAGAAGGCCAACGCUAGGAAAUUCAAAGCAUUUCAAGUCAACCUGGCAAAUACAGGAUAUUUCAGUCUUUCACAUCCCAGGUCUGACAGUCUUUGGAGAGGCUGA